UUUUUGAAUUGGAAGUGAAUUUGAAUUUGAUGACAUUCUAACUGGUUUAGUUAUUCAUUUUUGUGUAUCGUGUCACUUCCUCGCUGACGCUCAUAUGUACCAAGUGUAAAGUAGCACAGUGUGCGCAUGCGUCAAGAGGCGGGCAGGAAUGGGGGCGUGGCUUUUACUGAUUUCGCGCGAAAAUUCCACUCGCCUUCCGUCCGCAGGCUAUAAUACACGGCGCGGUGCUGUUUGCGGGUUCUGGUUCUGCAGCGGCGACAGCAACAUGUCUCAGGCUCAGGUCACCGAGUUCUUCUGUCAGCGGAAGAGCGGAGCAGCGAGGGCCCCGGGACAUCGGCGCAAAGGACGGGUGAGAGGCUCCUCGGCCAGCGGCUUCCACCAUGGAAACAAAGAGUCCGCUCUCUGCUGCUCCCCGGUCCGUGAGGAGUUUGUCCGGGUUGUAGACGAGGCGGCGGGGCUGAGUAAUGACCGGCAGUCCGCCUCCAGCAGACCGGACACGGACCCGGCCAGUCCCCGGACUCCCAAAAGGAGCUCGGCCGAGGCAGAGUUCGACCUCGGAGCCGCAGUGUUCUCAGCCGCGGCCGAGCACUCCUCGGUCAAAAGGAGACGGCAAGCCGGAAGGGCCAGAGACGCUGAGGCGAACACGACUGAGAAAACAACAAGGGGGACAGCCAGGAAGAAGCUCGUCCUGCCCGAGGACACAACACAGGCUUUCUGUAAGGAUGACAUCACAGCGCUCAGGUCUCGCCUCCAGAAGAUCAGGCAGCAGGCGGAGAACAUCGCCACCUCCACCUCUCCAGCAGCUUCUAGCCAUGCAGCCGGGGCCCCCCCAACCUCAGGGCCAAGGGACCAACCUGAGUCUGGGACCACGGCUGUACUCUCCUCAGGGACCAGGGCCUCCAGCUUCACUGUGGCCCGGGCCAGAGAGCUGGCCGCUAAGGCCCAGAGGAGGAAGGAGGAGAGGGAAGCAGGCGAAGUCAAGCUGAGCCAGGCUCCGCCUCCAGCUCUGGCUCCGCCUCCAGCUCCAGACGGCGGGGCGGAGCAGCCGGCGUACCAGCGGUACCACACCCUGGCCCAAGCCACUCCCCCUGGCCUGUCCCUGCCUUACCAGUACAAGAUCCUGGCAGAGAUGUUCCGCAGCAUGGACACUGUGGUCGCCAUGCUGUACAACCGCUCAGAGACGGCCACCUUCGCCAAGAUCAAGCAGGGAGUGCAGGACAUGAUGCACAGGAGGUUUGAGGAGAGCCAUGUGGGUCAGAUCAAGACGGUGUUCCCUGCAGCGUUCUCCUUCAGGCAGCAGAAGAACAUCCCAACGUUCAACAGCAACGUCAGCAGAGGAAGCUACCAGCUCACCGUGGAGCCCGUCCUCAGCUCCGACCGGAAUGAAGCGAGACCUGUGCUGUCCGCCUCCCGUCUCCUGGAGAGAAGACGCGUCUUUCACCAGAACCUGAUCUCUGUUGUCAAACAGCAUCACAAGGCCUUCCUGUCCUCGCUGGUCCCCCCCGUCUCUGUCCCGGAAGACAAACUGACCCGCUGGCAUCCCCGCUUCAACGUGGACGCCGUCCCCGCCGUCCAGGUGGGCUCGCUGCCUCCGCCCCCCCACACGGAGAACGUGUCCACAGCCCAGGAGGUUCUGGAGAAGGCCCGCUCCCUCAUCACCCCCAAGAUGGAGAAGGCUCUGGUCUCUCUGACCCAGAACGCAGGCGAUGCAGACGGAACCAAACCAGUCGGUUCCCAGAACCCAGCAGCCGCUCAGCCUGCAGUGCCUCCUGCAGGCCUGGUGCCGUCCUCCCUGAAAGGCGUGUCUCAGUCCCUGCUGGACAGGAUCCGCGCCAAAGAGGCCCAGAAGCUCCAGGCGGCCAUGACCCGGAACCCGGCCCAGGAGGAGCGGCUGCUGAUGCUGACCCGGCUGGGCGAGUUGGCCCGAAUCCUACGGAACGUCUUUGUCGCAGAGAAGAAGUCGGCGCUGGUCAUGGAGGUGGCGUGCAACCGCAUGGCGGCCAGCUACAGAUCAGCUCUGAGUCUAGGUGAAAUGGAGAAGCACAUCCGUCUCCUGGCUGAAGUGGCUCCUGAUUGGCUGAGCAUUCAUCCCAUCAGGAAGGAUUUCUACCUGAAGCUGAACAAGAUGGUGGAGCUCAACGUCAUUCUGGACAAACUCAAUCACAGACUCCGAGAGGAGGAGCGACUCUGACAGGACUCGACCUUCUGCCUCCGGAUAUAAACUGCUAAUUUCCUGAGAGUUUCUCAGAUUGUUGCAACAUGAAGAUGAUCUCGGUUGGAGAGACGACUUUUUCUAAACCUCAUGACGUGUAGACCCAGCCUGGUUCUGGUGUCCAGCCUCCGGCGAUGGAGAAAGAUUUUUUUUUUUUUUUUUGUUUAUUUUUUCUGAAGGAGGAAUGUUGGAUUGUUGACUUGAUGUCCCUUAGGAUCAAGUGAAAUCAGGAGUGCCGCAUGUUUCUAUGACAACCAUUGAGCCUACCGUCAUCCUCACACACACUGUGUGUGUUGUAAAGUGUCAUGUACCCAGUUUGUUACACAGUACAGGCUCAAGUUCCAGUUAAAUGUGUGAAACAGCCAGUGUGUUCCUGUAGCCUCACGGUGUAGCCAUUUAGCUUCCCUUCAGACUGAGCUUCCUGCUCUCUGAUUGGCCAACACCGGUACAGGCGAUGAUCCCACAGCAGCAUCACUAUAGAGGUGCAGCUCAGUAAAUAAACACAUUAAAAAGUUGACUUCUUUCAAUAAUUCUGUUACAAAUUUGACCUCAUGUGUUUAUUACACACAGCUUGAUGCAAGUUUAGCAAAGCGUUUGAGCCACUGGGCAAUUUUAGGUGUUUUACACGAUGAAGAAAAAUGAAAUAAAACCAACAUUAAAGGAAAGAAAUGAAGAGUUUUUGAAACUUCACAAUGUUCCAGUUAUUAAUCAAAAGCAACUCUAAACAGGCGGGUUUUUAGCCUUGAUUUAACUUUAACUGAAACUCAGUGUUUCAGCUGGUUUUCAGUUUGCUGGACGUUUGUUCCAGGUUUUUGGUGCAUAAAAGCUGAUUGCUGCUACUCCAUGUUUGGCUCUGAGGAUGCAGAGCAGAGCGAAAAUGUGAAGACAUUGUUGCGACUAAAGAUAAACACAUGGAUGAGUUUCUGUAGAUCUUGCUGAGACAUUAGUCCUUUAAUCCUGGAAAUGUCCUUCAGGUAAUAGAAGGCCGACUUUGUAACUGUCUUUAUGUGACUCUGGAGGUUCAGGUCAGAGUUCGUUGGAUUAGUUUAGUUUCUAGCUGUGAUACCCGAAGCGACGUGCUGACUCUGAAUCGUUCCUCAUUAUGUCCAAAGAUGUUUCUGUUCAGCUGGAGAACACUAUGACACAUCCACACGUUGAUUUGUACUAAGCAUCUGUUCAGCAUGGCUGUGUAUCAUCUGCGUAGCUAUGGUAACUAAUCUUAUUUCCUGUUGUGAUCUGAGCUAGCAGUACUUUGUAGCUUUUAAAUAAAAAUGGUUCCAGGACUGAA